AUGGCUUCUCCCCGCAAAAACCCCAUGCAUGCAGUCCAGGUUCUCCCCGGUCAUCCUCCCAAGCUCACCGCACAACCAGAGAAAUGUGGAACGCCCGGCACACAGCUGCCCACCAAUGGCUCUAGUGCUGAGCAGCAGUUACCUUGUGCAGGGAAGGGACAGGGCACCUGGGAUCCUGGGUGCCAGGCCACUCCCCAGGUCAGGGCCACAGGAGACACAGGGAUGUGCUGUGCCAGCAGUGAGAUGGCAACCACGGAUUCCAGAGAUGGCCUCCUGGAGGCCCAGCGUCCUGUCACAGUCUUUUCCCACGGGUUCCAUCAGCUCCCCCUUCCCACUCUUGGACGUCCUGCCCACACACUGACCAUUUCCGGCUUCAAGAGGCCUCACUUGAGGUGGCACCAAGUGGGAAGAGUGAGGGGCAAGGCCUGGAUUCAGGUCUCCAGGGUGCUGCCCUUCACGCAGCUGGAGGCACUGUCAGGUCCUGAUCAUGCUACCUGCAAGAGACCUCUCCAGUCUUCCUUAUCUGGGAUCCUGUGGGGAUGCUUCCUGGAGCAUGCAGUAACCUGCUGCCGCUGCGGGACCGAGCCUCGGAAGCCGAGCCGCGGGACCAAGCUGUGCAAGCCGCAGGCUCUGCGCGCCAGUGCUCGAAGGGGAGUGCGUGCCACACAGACAACAGCGGGGAGACUUCGGACGUCCAGGGCUCCGAGUCCACACAUCGGCGCUGGAAGGGGAGCAGACCUGCGUGGAGAGCGUGGGAGCCCACAGUUCAGAACACCAGCAGCAGACUCAACACACCAGCACUGGAAGGCGAGGAACAAGGCAUGCUGCCCUGAAGCCUCCUUGCCAGGGACCACUUUGAUGCUGAGGAGCACCUGUGGUUCCAGCUCAAGCUCCAGACUUGUGACUGGUGGAUCCCAGGAACAGCUCUCAAGGCAGCAUUCAUUGAGAGGUGGUAAAAUGUCCCUAAGAAGACCUGACCAACUUUCAGUUAAACAAAAUGAAUGCUGCUAUUACUCUAAGAGACGGAGUUAGGACUUCUGUACAAAUAGCUCUCUGCUAUGGACUAGGAUAGCAGUAGAAGAUGGCCCAAGUCCUUGGGCCCCUGCACCCAUGUGGGAGACUCAGAAGAAGCUCCUGGCUUUGGAUCAGCACAGCUCCGGCCAUUGCGACGAUCUGAAGGGUGAACCAGCGGAUGGAAGCAUCGCUCUCUGUCUCUACCUCUCUCUGCAACUCUGUCUUUCAAAUAAAAAAUAAAUCUUAAAAAAAAGGAGUUGGGACUCAUAUUAGCACCCAUAUGAGAUAUAAGUAGUGAUUAACACACUGUGCUAGGGGCCCCAGUUUUCUUUUCUUGUAGUGUUAAAAUGCACAUACAUCUUAUCUGUAUGGAAGUGACAAACUAAUACACUCAUAUAACCUUUAAUCUUUUUUAAAAAUAGAUUAUUUCUAUCCCAAACAGAAAAUUUCCUCAUCUUUCUUGGAGUCCUUGAAUAAGCUAUAUAUCAUUGAACACUAACCACAGUGCAUCAAAUACCUAUGCUUGGAGCCCAUGAAAAUAUAUAUUGCUAAUUGGAAAUUUGUAUAACGAAAUGGGCCAACUUUUAUGUGUUCAAAAAACU